GGACAUGAAAGCUAGACUAUCACAAAGCCACAAAAAAACAGACUAAAUCGAGCAUCAACAUUAUAAAUCGUGGAUUUUCACCUAUUAAACUCGUAGGGUAUAUUUGCCAAAUCAUUCUUAUUCUGUAGGAAAAACUUACGGAAGAGAAUGUGUGACAUUGUGAUGAGAAAAUCAUGAAACCAGUUUAAUUGACACGGUCCUUUUAGAGAUUGUUUGCUUGGUUAAAAGAGUGCUGCGCGUUUUAUUUCCAAUUUUCCGUGCUGAAGAAAACUAAAUAUGAUUCGCAGAGAACAAUAGUGUGUUAAAAUAGUAUUAUGCGGUACACUGCAUGCGCGCGUAAAAUUACCUUGGCACUCAUAUUUUUGGGUCAAUUGCACGUCUUUUUGCGUAACUGGGCAGCUCGCGCACUGCACCGUGUUUAUUUCGUGCCUAUGGUGGCACGUGGUCAAGAAGCAGAAGCUCCGAAUUCAACAUGGCCAAGAUUUUUCAAAUUAACGUUUUAUACAUUCAAACCAAUAUUUUUGGGAGAUAUCAUCAGAUCAUUUACACGUUCGUUACUCAAUAUUUUGCACAUAAACCCAAGGCUACCUGAAACCAACUGUUCUGAUCAUUUGGAUGCGCGUGGAAAGAAACCCAACAGACAACGCCAGAGGACCUGCAGCAGCAGAAGCGUCAUUAUGGAGCGACCAUCGCGCUCGAUUCCAUUUGGAGAGCCCGCGUGUAACCGAGGAAGUGCGAGCGGCACGGCAGCGCCCGGCAAUUCCAGCAUGUGUGAGCCCUUCGGUGAGGAGGAGUACCAGCCCCCCAUAUGGAAGUCUUACUUGUACCAGCUGCAGCAGGAAGCUCCUCAACCAAAAAGGGUUACCUGCCCACAGGAGAUCGACAGGAAACCAAAGCACUACGGCAGAGAGUUCCAUGGGCGGAUUUCUCGGGAGCGCUCGGUGGAGCUGCUUGGAGUGGAGGGGGCGUACCUCAUCAGAGAGAGCCAGAGACACCCAGGAACUUACACACUGGCCCUCAGGUUUGGAGCGCGGACACUGAACUACAGGCUUUUCUACGAUGGGAAGCACUUUGUUGGGGAGAAGCGGUUUGAGUCGAUUCAUGAGCUGGUGUCGGACGGUCUGAUCGCCCUCUACAUCCAGUCCAAAGCCUCGGAGUACAUCUCCCAAAUGACCUGUAACCCCAUCUACGAGACUGUGGGGUACCCCCCCUUACAGAGACCCCUCUGCUCCACACCCCCCCACGGCAGCGUGGAAAACAAGUUGUUGAUGGUGAAGGAGCAGGAGAGAUGUCUGCAGUAUGAAAAAGCCCACAGCUUUAAGACACACACCUUCCCCGGACCACACUGGUGCGAGUACUGUGCCAACUUCAUGUGGGGUCUGAUCGCCCAGGGACUACGUUGCUCAGGUUGCGGUCUGAGCGUGCACAGCCAGUGCUCCCAGCUGGUUCCACGCGACUGCCCUCCAGACCAGUGGAGGGUAAAAAGGGUUUUCAGCGCUGACCUCACCACCCUGGUCAAAGCCCACAACACACAGCGACCCCUGGUGGUGGACAUGUGUGUGCGCGAGAUCGAGCGCAGAGGUCUGAGGGCAGAAGGUUUGUACAGAGUCCCAGGGUCAUCAGAGUACAUCAAGCAGCUGAAGAUGGCUUUUGAACGAGAAGGGGAGAAGGUGGUACUAAAUGAGGAUGCUUAUCCUGACAUCAACAUCAUUGCUGGAACCCUAAAGCUUUACCUGCAAGGCCUGCCCAUCCCUGUCAUCACCUACCACCUGUACUACACCUUUAUACAGGCUGCAGGCAUUACCAACCCUGAGGCCAGACUGGAGGCGAUCCACGAGGCUGUCCUGCAGCUCCCUCCAGCACAUUACGAGACGCUGCGCUACCUGAUGGCUCACCUGAACAGGGUGACUGCUUUUGAGAGGCAUAAUUUCAUGAGCGCGGAGAACCUGGGAAUGGUGUUCGGGCCCACGCUGAUGAGAAGGCCCAACGACAGCCCCAUCUCCCUGGACCUCCUGUGGAGCCAGAGCCUCACCGUCCAGCUCCUCAUCCAGAAUGAAGACAUCCUGUUUUAAAGAGGGUCCGUAAAGAUGGCUGAAAGAACGCCUUGGUGGAGGGCGUUCGUGACCAGGAAGAAGACCGGCCCGGGUUCCAGAGACCAAGAGGUCCAGCCGCAGAGCGCCGACUCCGAG